AUGACCUCGUCUAUCCACUCUGACCCCGAUAUCAAGAAGACCGAUGUGGAACACCGCGAAGUCGCCUCCAUGGGCGCGGGGGCGCCGCGAGCUUACACCGAGGACGAGGAAAGAGCGAUCGCCUUCCGUCUCGCGCGUGAGGUCGACCCAGGUCUCAACUUUCUGAGCUGGCGCGGACUCCAGUUCAUCUUCUUCUGCCUCGUCAUUUGCAUGUGCUCGGGCGACAAUGGCUUCGACGGUACCGUUAUGGGCAGCGUCAAUUCUAUGGUUUCGUUCCAGAAGUACUUCGGCCUCGCAACUAGCGGUGCCAGCAAAACUGGCAUUGUCUUUGGAAUCUACACGGUCGGACAAGUCACGGCCUUUUUCCCAGCUUCGACUCUUCCGGACAAAAUUGGCCGCCGCUGGACCAUGUUCCUCGGUAACCUUGUGCUCUGCAUGGGCGCCUUGAUUGCCGGCUUCGCCAAGAACAUGCCGAUGCUGCUCGUCGGUCGAUUCUUUGUCGGCGUUGGAUGCUCUACGGCCGCUGCCGCCGCCAAAACGUACCUUUCGGAGAUCACCCCUGCCAGUAGCCGUGGCUUUUGGAUGGGUCUCCAGAACUCGUUCUACUACGUCGGACAACUGCUGGCGAGUGGACUUACGAUCCCCCUGGGUCGAGUGACGACCGAUUGGUCAUGGAGGACUCCCCUACUCCUUCAGAUGAUGUUGGCUGUCAUCAAUGUGGCAUUUGUUUUGCUCCUUCCCGAGUCGCCACGUUGGCUCUAUGCACACGGCCACAAGGAGCAGGCCCAGAAGGUUCUUGCGCAAUACCACUCUCGCGACAACGACGCCAACAGCCCCCUCAUCAAACUCGAGAUGGCCGAAUUUGAGGAGUCCAUUGCUUUGGACGGCGCCGACAAGCGCUGGUGGGACUUCCGUCCGAUUUUCCGUGACCGCGCUGGCCGUUACCGUUUCGGACUUUGUGUUAUCGUUUCCGUUUGGGGACAGCUUAGUGGAAACGGAUUGAUCACAUACUUCCUCCCAACUCUGCUCAAGCUUGCCGGUAUCACGUCGCCAGACCGCCAGCGUGUGCUCAACUUUGUCAACUCGGUCACCUCGUUUAUCGGUGCCCUCACGGGAACCGCACUGGUCGACCACGUUGGCCGCCGCUUCCUUAUGCUCUUCUCGUCCGUCUCUUGCAUGAGCGGCAUGUUCAUCGUAGCCGGCCUGCUGUCCUCGGCGGGACAGAAGAGCACCAUGCGUGCCAACGCUGGAAUCACAUUCAUCUACCUCUUCAUGGUCUUCUUCUCAUUCGGUUGGACCCCACUUCAGUCGCUUUACCCCGCAGAGGUCCUCGCAUUCGAGGUCCGUGCCAAGGGCCUUGCCCUCCAGUCAUGGGUUACCAGCUGUGUGUCUCUUAUCAACACGUUCGGCCUGCCGUCGGCGCUCGCCGCUCUCGACUGGAAGGUGUACCUCAUCUUUGGCUGCUGGGACGUCGUCGGCAUCAUCGUCAUCUACCUGUUCGUUGUCGAGACCAAGCAGCUUUCCCUGGAGGAGCUGGACGAGAUCUUCGAGUCCUCCAACCCCAAGCAGACGUCGUUCGCUCUGGCUCGUGCCGCCAAGGAGCGUGUCCGCCAGCAGAAGGCCGAGGAGGCCAGCGGUGCCUAA